AUGGACUAUCAUUCCAUCCAUGGGCACGACGUAUCGAGUUUCGAUAUACCAACACCGAGUGCUCAUCGACUGCCUACCGUUGCCGCCUCGCAGGCGUUGGACGAGUGGAAGGAUGACACGACCUCGAUGAUGGCCACGGGCCUGGAGAAGCUCGACAAGGCCCUGGCAGCCUCGUCGUCGGCAGAGCCGGAGGCGGCCGAAUCGGUCAGCCAUGGCGGCAUCAAACGCGGCCAGGUCACCGAGCUCUGGGGGCCUCCGGGCGCAGGGAAAACCGCCUUGGCAAUUCAGAUGGCCGCCAACACCAUGUGCGACGGCCACGGCGUCGUCUGGGUGGACUGCUUUCAGAAGGUGGACAAGAAGCGACUGGCCAAGGUGCUAGAAGCGGUCGAGGCCUCGCGGCGUCAUGACGCCGACGGCAGCUCGCCGACGGUCGACAGGACCAAUCAUUUCACCCAAUACUCGUGCCUGACCUUGGCUCACCUGGUGGCGCUGAUAUCACGGCCAGCCCAGACGUUGGUGGGGAGAGGAGUCUCCCUGGUGGUGGUGAGCUCCGCAUCCGCCCUUCUGAACUCGACACUACCCAAGUCUCAAGACGGCGAAUCGAGGUUCAAGGCUAGCAGAGGUCCGGGCCCGACGGCGUCAGCCAAGCGACUGCAGGGCGUGCGGAGGGUGAUGAAUGCGCUCCAGAGAUUGGCGGCGACGCGACACUGCGCCGUCGUGGUUCUGUCGCAGUGCGCGACCAGGAUGCAGGCCGACGACGGCCCCACGCUGGUCGCGGCCGUCAACGCGGCCGUCUGGGAGCAGGCCAUCUCGACCCGGCUCGUGCUCUUCAGGGACUGGGCUUGGCAGGGCCGCAGGCUCGCCGGCGUCUUCCUGGUGGGUUUCCAGAAGCUCGACGGCAAGGCGACGCAUGAAGCGGUCGAGGGCGUCUCCGCCUUCAAGGUUGAUUCCCUCGGCGGCGGCGGCGGCCAGGCGGGCGCGGCUAGCAUCGAGCACGAUGCAGCCGGCAGCGUCGCGAGAUCGGCCGAGGCGGGACGGCCCAAGAGGAAGCUGGGGCAGACGGAGCUCGAGGUGGCGGACAGCCAAGAGGAUGAGGGCUCGGACGAGGACUACGGCUGGGCGGACGAGGACGAGGCGGCGCUGCCCGCCCCGCCGCCUCAGUGGCAGGGAAGCGAGGACAUCCUGCUUGGCGACGAGCUUGGCCGGAGCGACGACGAGGGCGAGAGCGCCGGCAGCGCCGCUCCCUUGUCGGAGGCUGGGGACGACGGUUAA